GUAUCGCAACCCGACGUCAAAUAUCAAUCAACGAUAAGUUAAAAAAAAAGUCAUUGUAAAAUGUGUGCGAUAUUUCUACAAAUCUGAAUGUCAUUUCGAGUCGUGGCACAAACCGCGAGUUCUGAUUUAUGAAAAGCAUUGACUUGAUUUAACCUGAAAUUGGUGGUGAAUUUGUUUCUAUACGAAAAUCACAUAUUUGCAUAAUUCGCAGUGCCCGCUUGACCCAAAAAUACGUGACACAUGUUUUCAAUGGGUGAAAGCAAAAACUGAAAGCUCAUUUACGAAUGCGAAGUGAAGUGGCAGCGUGCUAUCCGCAGCCAGACAGUCUCGCGACGUUUCCCUACUGUAUUAAUUAAUCCUGCUCAUUUAUUGGAAUGAGCGUGAGGCAUUGCAAUGAGUUGUAGACUAAAUAAAUGCGGUAUUUAAUUUUAUACUAAAUAUCAGAUCGUCUCAAGUUUAAACUCAGCGCCUAGACUGGCGAGUGUGUAAAAGUUCUGGCAUGGACGAAGAGCAGAAGAAAGUAGCUGCCGCUGCCAAAGAACGCAGAAUGUCGUCUAGAUCUAACAGUGAUGAAACCGAUGAUGGAGAGAAGGGACCAUUUCUUAGGAAUGCACCGAAUCGUGCAAGUAGGAAACGCAAUGCAAGUGUUUCAGAGGCUGUCAUGCGUACCAGCAAACGUACAAUAUACACAGCUGGUCGACCACCUUGGUAUAAUGAACAAGGAGAAUUCAAAGAAGCAUUUGUUAUAGGUCUCGGUGGGGGAAGUGCUUCAGGCAAGACAACAGUUGCUACAAAGAUUAUUGAAGCAUUAGACUUUCCCUGGGUUGUUCUGCUGUCCAUGGACUCAUUUUAUAAGGUUCUCUCUCCAGAGCAGCAUGAACGAGCAGAACAAAAUGAAUAUAAUUUUGAUCACAUUGAUGCAUUUGAUUUCGAGCUCUGCUGUGAAAUGUUGCGAAAUCUAAAACAUGGGAAAAGUGUGGAAAUUCCUGUUUAUGACUUCACAACUCAUGCAAGAAAGAAGUUAUCGAAAACACUAUAUGGAGCAAAUGUAGUUAUAUUUGAAGGCAUCAUGUCAUUCGUAAAGCCAGAAUUGCGAAAGCUCUUAGACAUGAAAAUAUUUGUUGACACUGAUUCAGAUAUCAGAUUAGCUCGUAGAUUACAAAGAGAUAUUACUGAGAGAGGAAGAAAUUUAGAGGGAGUUCUCCACCAAUAUGAUAAAUAUGUGAAACCAGCCUUUGAGAAGUUCAUUGAACCCACGCUGCAGUAUGCCGACAUUGUAGUGCCGAGAGGUGGAGAAAAUGAAGUUGCAAUUGACCUGAUAGUACGACAUAUUCAUACACAACUGGAAACGAGGAAUCUCAAUUUCAGGAGCCAACUUGCCACAGCUCACCUUGGUCAGCCUUUGCCAAACACGUUGAAUGUUCUAGAAAAGACAACUCAAGUUGAAGGAAUACAUACGAUACUACGAGACCGUACAACAAACAGAGACGAAUUCAUAUUUUACUCCAAACGUUUAAUGAGAUUAUUGUUUGAGUUCGCACUCUCGUUCCUUCCUCAUGAAGAUCACGUAGUCGACACACCACAAGGUACUAAGUACGAAGGACGAAAAUUCAAGGGAAGUGGGUUGUGUGGAGUUUCAAUUCUUCGUGCUGGAGAAACCAUGGAAUCAGCUUUGUUUUCUGUUACAAAGGACAUCAGACUCGGAAAAAUUCUGAUACAGACAAACCCGCAGACAGGAGAGCCAGAGCUCCAUUAUCAAAGGCUUCCUCGCAAGAUCAAAGAAGAUCAUGUAAUAUUGAUGGAUGCUACAGUUGCCACAGGGGCUGCAGCAAUGAUGGCAAUUCGUGUGUUGUUGGAUCACGAUGUUAAGGAGGAGAACAUUCUUCUUGUUACAUUACUGAUGGCCGAAUCAGGAGUUCAUUCUGUUGCUUAUGCUUUUCCUAAAGUAAAGAUCGUGACAACUCUAGUAGAUAAAGAACUCAAUGAAAAUUUCCAUAUUGUACCUGGGAUAGGUAACUUUGGAGACAGAUAUUUUGGGACGGAAUGAUUGCAAAUUUCAAGAAUAUAUACCAAUUUCGCUAUGCAGUUCGAAAAGAUAUGAAAGAUUAAAAUCAAAAUUAUAUAAUGAAAACAUAGAAAAGCCUCCAGCACAUAUAUCAAUCAAAUUUUCUUUUUCAUGUAUAAAAUUCUCGGCGCUU